AAUACUUUGACCUUAUAGAUGAAAGUGUAGAUUCUAUUUAGAAGUAUGCUUUUCUUAACCGUCUUGACUGUGGCUCUUGCCUCAGUGGGUGAGGCCUUCGUCCAUCCCGGUCUCCUCCAGAGCUCAGCGGACUUCGACCGGAUUAAGAAGAAUAUUGCUGCAGGCAAUCAACCAUGGGUGGCAGGCUAUCAGAAGCUUCUCAGUAGUGGAUUUGCAACUCCCACAUACCAACCAAACCCAGCUCCAACUAUCUACCGUGGGUCAGAUGGGGUUCAUGCCGACAACUGCGGUCAACUUUAUGUUGACGUUGGCGCCGCUUACGCCCUGUCACUUCUUUGGGCUAUUACUGGAGAAAUUCAAUGGGGCGAUGCUGCAAUCCGUGUUCUUGAUGCGUGGUCUUCAACAUUAGUAGCUCUUGGUGGAGAUACUGAUGUAUUUCUUGCAGCUGGAAUAUAUGGCUAUCAGUUCUGCCAAUCUGCAGAGAUCAUGCGUGACUACUCUGCUUGGACGGGCUUUAGUCGAUUCCAAGACAUGAUGGUGAACGUAUUCUAUCCUACGAUCAAUGACUGGUUUGUUGGUCAUGAAAACUGGGGGAGCUACUCAUCAGGCGUAUAUCCAGGCUGGGACCUUUCCAUUAUUGCUGGAGGGAUGUCGCUAGGUGUUCUAAUGGAUAAUGAAACCAUCUACAACCAAGCUGUAGACUGGUUCUAUAAUGGUACCGGUAAUGGGCAGAUUAACCGCGCUAUUCCAUUUGUCUAUUUCUAUGACGACGAAUGGCUGGCUCAGCCUAUGGAGGUUGGUCGGGAUCAAGGUCAUACCAUGCUUGAUAUAGCACUACUGGGGGUUAUUGGCCAAACCUCAUGGAACCAAGGGCUCAAUCUUUUUGGAUACAAUGGUAGUCUGAUCUGGGCCGCGGCUGAAUAUGUCGCAAGAUAUAAUCUUGGAUAUGACGUCCCAUACACAGAUUAUAAUGCUUGGCCUAUUGAGCUUCCUACCAUAAGCAAUUCUAGUCGGGGGAAUAUCCGUCCAAUAUGGGAGCUGCUUUACAAUCAUUAUGGUGUCGCACAGAAUUACAAUGUCACUUGGACAAAAAAAUACCGUGACUUAGUUGUGUCGGAUGGUGGUGGCGCAGAAGGAGGCAGUGGAGAUUAUGGCACUGGUGGUGGAUAUGACCAACUUGGCUGGGGUACCCUUCUUUACACACUCGAAGCAAGUUAG